UUUUUUUUUUCUGCAUGGAAAAACUUACUCCUGAAGAUCUCUGGAUCAUGUGUACAGUCGUUCCGGAAGUAUGUAUUGGUUAUAAAACGGCCGAGUAACACUUUUAACUGUUAUUUUGUGUCAAUGGCAAGUAAGAAGUUACGGAGAACGGGCGUCUCAGCUGAUCUAUGCGAGCGACUCAAGCGCCAUCAAGUGGAAACCUGCCAGGAUGUCCUGUCCAUCACACCCGUUGAGCUCAUGCGCCUGGCUGGACUCAGUUAUCCAGCGGCUCUGGACCUCAUGCGGCUGGUCAGUAAAGCCUGUGUACCGACUGUGAGCACCGCAUGGGAUUUGUGGAAGAAGAAGGGAGAGCUGUGUUUCUCCACAUCACUUCCUGCCCUGGACAGAUUACUGCAGGGAGGACUGCCACGGGGUGCUCUCACUGAGGUGACUGGCCCAUCAGGAUGUGGAAAGACUCAGUUGUGUAUUAUGCUCAGCGUUUUGGCUACGCUGCCGAGGAGUAUGGGAGGUCUGGACAGUGGAGUCAUCUACAUCGACACAGAAUCAGCGUUUUCUGCUGAAAGGUUGGUAGAGAUGGCACAGGCCAGAUUCCCAGAAUUCUUCUCUGUGAAGGAGCGUCUGCUGGAGAUGGCAUCUCGUGUUCAUCUCUUCAGGGAACUGACCUGUCAGGAUGUCCUGAAUAGGCUGGAGCGUCUGGAGGAGGACAUAAUUGCGUGUCGAGCGGGGCUCCUUAUUUUGGAUUCUGUGGCCUCUGUUGUGAGGAAGGAGUUUGACACAUCGCUGCCAGGAAAUCUGACAUACAGGAGUAACUUACUAGGCCAGGAAGCUGCCGUACUGAAGUACCUCUCGCAGGAGUUCUGCAUCCCAGUGGUUUUAACUAACCAGAUCACCACACAUGUGGGCGAGAAGGUUCACUGUCCUCAAUGGAAUCAGGCAGAUGUAUCAACAGAGGAGGACUCAGGGUUUGUGACAGCGGCGCUGGGAAACACAUGGAGUCACAGCGUGAACACACGCCUCAUCGUCCAGUACGGAGACGCAGAACGGAGACAGAUCGUCAUAGCCAAAUCACCCGUUGCCCCUUUUGCAGUGCUGAGCUACACCGUUCAGAGGGAGGGCAUUCGUCUCGAAGGGCCCCAUCAUGAGGUUUGGACUGAAAACGAAACAAGACUAGCACCCAGCCUCACGGGAGACGUUUUUCUCAUGAAAAACCAGAGCUUGGGCAUCAAGAGGGAACGAAAACCCAGACAGUGUUUUAAACCAAGGAACAGAUCCAGGGCUUCAGCCAAUCCGAGUGAGGACGGGGUUCAUCUACAACCUUUCCCAGGCCACACCUUUUACUUGUUAACAACUUCCUUUGCCUGCAAAACACAGUGGCUGUUACUGGCCUAUUUUUAAGGCCAGUAAACAAAUGUGACUAAUGUUUUCUAUGUCAUUUAAACUCUCAAUGUGACGUGUGAUGAUACAUUUGAACAUCAAGGUUAUUUCGAUGGUCAUAUGAUGACUACAGUGACUAGCAUGGUGAUAUUAAUCUUAAUAUAUUCAUCCACGAUAGCUUUUCCUAACAGUUAAACACCGCAGCUGCUCUCUCAGGUGCAAGCCAUGGUUAAACAUUGCAGGAACAUGCGGUGGACAAACACAAAGCAGACGGAUUGGACUCAGGCUCUUCUUCGUAGAACAUUACCUCAGUUUUCACCCAGUUAGAAAACUGCAACAUCAGUCAGCUAUUGAUUGACAGACGUAUUUUUCCUCUCGCCGGUCGUGAUAAGACAGCAGUCUUGGACAAACGCUUCUUGACCCUGACUGGCCGUUGCCAUGGCUUCUAUUCCCAUGACUCCUGUUCCCAUGGUUCCUCUGCCUUAAAGGGAAGUUUGUCUGAUUAGAUGAACAAUGGUGUUAUUUUGGGUGGUUCCUCCUUUUUUUGGCUUGUUUUGCUUUUGGUUGUAUAUAUGUGCACAUAUAUGCUUUGACACAUUCUCUUUGUAUUUAUAUUUAUGGUCUGUUCCUUCCUAGUACUUUUAACACUAAUAAACAAAACUGAUUU